AGAAAGCAGCUGAUGAUGAAGUCCAGAAGUCCGACAUCUCGUCCAGCAGCCAAGGGGUGAUUGAGAAGGAGUCUCUGGGACCUCUUCUUCUGGAGGCGUUGGAUGGCUUCUUCUUCGUCGUGAACCGCGAAGGGAGGAUCGUCUUCGUCUCCGAGAACGUGACCAGCUACCUGGGUUAUAACCAGGAGGAGCUGAUGAACACCAGCGUCUACAGCAUCCUGCACGUGGGGGAUCACGCCGAGUUCGUCAAGAACUUGUUGCCGAAGUCUCUAGUCAACGGAGUUCCUUGGCCUCAAGAAGCGACCAGGCGCAACAGCCACACCUUCAGCUGCAGGAUGCUGAUCCGGCCGCCGGACGAGCCGGGCGCGGAGAACCAGGAGGCCCGUCAGCGCUACGAGGUGAUGCAGUGCUUCACCGUCUCCCAGCCCAAGUCCUUCAAGGAGGAAGGAGAAGAUUUCCAGUCGUGUCUGAUAUGCAUCGCGAGACGAUUACCUCGACCGGCAGCCGUCACCCCUUCCGAAUCCUUCGUGACCAAGCAAGACACCACAGGUAAAAUCAUCUCCAUUGACACCAGUUCCCUGAGAGCUGCCGGCAGGACGGGCUGGGAGGAUUUGGUGCGGAAAUGCAUCUACGCUUUCUUCCAGCCGCAGGGCCGAGAGCCAUCUUACGCCAAACAGCUCUUUCAAGAAGUGAUGACACGCGGCACGGCCUUCAGCCCCUCGUACCGCUUCACCCUGAGCGACGGGACGGUGCUUAGUGCCCACACCAAGUGUAAGCUCUGCUACCCCUCCAGCCCAGAGAUGCAGCCCUUCAUCAUGGGCAUCCACGUCAUCGACAGGGAUCACGGCAUGCUCUCACCCCAGGAGAACACUAACUCCACGAUGUCCCUUCCCCGGGUCAGCCCUUCGCUGAACCCCAGCAUCUCCCCGGGGCAAGGCAUGGCCCUGCCGCCCUCCAUCCCUCCCUCCAACGGCAGCAUGUUGGCCACCAACGUCUUCGGCCUCCACAACAGCAACUCCAGCACCAGCCAAACCAGCUUUGGAUGUUCACCUGGGAACCAGAUAGGAGCCAACGUUGCCUUAAGCCAGGGACAAGCCGGUCCCCAGAACAGUAACCACACGUUGAACCUCAAUAGCUCCCCCAUGAACAGUCCGGGCAUUACCCCGCCGCAGUUCAUGUCUCCGAGGCAUCGGGUCAGCCCAGGGCUGGUGCCCAGACCCCGAGUGCCCAGCAAUCCCUUCUCACCCACCAUGCCCACCAUGCACUCCCCUGUGGGCAUGGCCAACAGCGGCAGUGGGGGCAGCUGUGGCACCGGUGGCACCCGACCCUUUCCCAGCGCCCCCAUAAACUCUAUGCAGGGGUUGACCGAAGGUCCCAGCACGCCGGUGGGCUACUCCACGCCGCCCCCCGUGCUGAGACAGCUCAGCUCCCAGAGCUCGCCCGGCCGCCUCGCCAUGCAACCCAUGAAAGCCGAGUCCAAGGACAGCAAAGAGAUCGCCUCCAUCCUGAGCGAGAUGAUCCAGUCGGACGGUGGUUCGGGGGACAGCAAACCGCUGGACUCGGGCAUGUUGCACACCGGCGACAGGCUCUCGGAAGGGGACAGCAAGUGCUCCCAAGCCACCAGCCACAAGCUGGUCCAGCUCCUGGCCACCACGGCGGAGCAGCAGCUUCGACACGCCGACGCGGACACGAGCUGCAAGGAUUCGUUAGCUUGCGCGGGCACCGCUGGCACCUUGGCCUCGGGCAACCCUCCCAGUAGCACCUGCCCUUCCUCCCACAGCUCGCUGACCGAGCGGCACAAGAUUUUGCAUAGACUCCUUCAGGAGGGCAGCCCUUCUGACAUUACCACCCUGGCCAUGGAGCAUGAGAAGAAGGAGAACACCUCGAACCCUACCACCGCCCCCCCGGCUCAGAGCCAGCUGCCGGGCACCCCGGACAUCAAACUGGAGCCGGACGCGCUGAAGAAAAAAGAUGUCAAGGAUCACCAGCUCCUGCGUUAUCUGCUGGACAAGGAUGAGAAGGAGCUUGCUGCAGCCCCGGCGCUGAGCCUGGAUGAUGUGAAGGUGAAGGUGGAGAAGACAGAGCAGAUGGAGCCCUGUAACACGGCCCCAGCGCCGCUCGCCAAACCUCCUGCCGCAGAGGAGGUCAAGCUGGAGACACAGGGCCAGUUUGCCGCCGAACUGGAGCAGCUGGACCAGCUCCUGCCCUCGCUGGAGAAGGCGGCUCAGCUGCCCGCCUUGUGCGGAGCGGAGAGGGGCGAGA